GCCUGGCGCGGGCGGCGGCGGCGCCGGUGUGGGCGGGCGCGGGGCGGGGCGCGCAGAGCGGCGCCGAUGGCGGAGCGGCGGGUGUCCCGCUGGUACUUCGGGGGGCUGGCGUCCUGCGGCGCCGCCUGCUGCACCCACCCGCUGGACCUGCUCAAGGUCCACCUGCAGACGCAGCAGGAGGUGAAGAUGCGCAUGAUGGGGAUGGCGAUGCGCGUGGUCCGCACCGACGGCUUCCUGGCUCUGUACAACGGGCUCAGCGCCUCGCUGUGCCGCCAGAUGACGUACUCCUUGACCCGUUUCGCCAUCUAUGAGACUGCGAGGGACCGCUUGGGCCAGGGCAGCCAGGGGCCUCCCCCCUUCUACCAAAAAGUGCUCCUGGGUGCAGUGGGAGGUUUCACCGGCGGCUUUGUGGGGACCCCGGCGGACAUGGUGAACGUCAGGAUGCAGAACGACGUCAAGCAGCCGGCCCACCUGCGGCGAAACUAUUCCCAUGCCCUGGAUGGCAUGUACCGCGUCCUCCGGGAAGAGGGCUUGAAGAAACUGUUCUCAGGAGCUACGAUGGCAUCCAGUCGAGGGGCCCUGGUCACUGUUGGGCAGCUUUCCUGUUAUGACCAAGCCAAGCAGCUGGUUCUCACGACUGGGUUGCUGUCAGACAACAUCUUCACUCACUUUCUGGCCAGCUUCAUUGCUGGCGGAUGCGCCACAUUCCUGUGCCAGCCCCUGGACGUGCUCAAGACGCGCCUCAUGAACUCCCAGGGCGAGUACCGGGGUGUCACCCACUGUGCCAUGGAGACUGCCAAGCUCGGGCCCCUCGCCUUCUACAAGGGCUUCGUUCCUGCUGCCAUUCGGCUCAUUCCUCACACCGUCCUCACCUUUGUCUUCCUGGAGCAGCUGCGCAAAUACUUUGGGAUCAAAGUGGUCACCUGAGGGAGGGCUGGACCCUGCCUUGCCCUGGGGGUGAGCGUGCAGGUCACCACCGGGAUCCCAGAACCCUUCCCCCUGUCCGGGGCCAGGGCUGUUCCCCCUCCCCUCAUCCCCACUCCCGUGCCUUGCCAGGGCCUGUGGCCAGCCGGUCCCAGGCUGCCCUUCCCUCACUCCCCCUCCAUUCUCAGCACCUCCGUUACCUCUGGGCUGUCCUUAGGCCCCCUCCCCUCUGCACUCUGCUCUUUUUCUUCUUCUUCUUCAUCCUCCCCUGCCCCGCUGGCCUCCAGGUCUGUCCCUGCCUCCCCCCGGCGCUGGCUGGAGAGGCGGGCUCAGCAAGGGGCCCUCGGCUCUGUCCCCACGGCCUCGUCCCGGGGCGGAUGGGGAACAGCCCCCUGCCUCUGCCUGGUCGCAGCCUCAAGGGGCAGGGGCUGGGGGGGCCCUAAUGCUUGUGACAGCGCCGCAGCCAGGGCCUGUGCAGGGCCAGGGCUCUUUGCUCCCUGCCUCUCCUGCAAGCAGCAAGGGGGGGAACGCAGGUUCAGCCCAAGGCACCGUCCCCUCUUUGGUGCCUCUGCCCCCCACCUGCUCCCCUCACACAGGCCGGCCUCUGCCUCCUCUCUCUGCUGCUCGGCUCCCCGGCCUCCCCCCACCCCGUGUCCGCUCAGCCAAAAUUCACCAGCGCCCGACGGCCGCUGGGCUCUUCAGGGAUUGUGCCUUAUACCAAUGAUGACAGCGGGGGUGUGGGGGGUGCGGGGCAGCCGCUCGGCCGUGCUGCCCUGCUGGGGCGCUGCCGGUGACCACCCCGCUGCCAGCGCCAGGCGCUGCGUGCCCGUGGAUCCCCCGGCCUCGGGACAGCACCCGGCAUCCGUCCAGCGCCCCCGCAGCCUCGCCACCCCCCCUGUCCCUCACUGCACCGGGGCAGACCCAGCCCCGCACACCUCCCCUGCACCCUCCCUGCCUGGUGGCCACCUCGACCCUGCUCGGGGGGCUGCGGGCCCCAGCCCCCUGCUGUGUACAGCCCUGUGCAGGGCGGCUCUGAGGGAUCAAAGAACUGGAAUAUCUGUGACCUUAAUGUAUGACAAAUAAACAGCGGAACAAACA